GGACACAAAACACACUUGUAAGUUGCAACCCUCAGCUUGCAAAGUCACUCGUACUCUCUCCCCACCAUGUCGGGGUUACGCAAAUCUGCCGGAACCCUGUUCGAUAUCAGUCAAUCUCUUCUCCGGAAUCUGUCGUUCCAUGGCUUACAUGUCCGACGAAUCCGUGGGGGUAACGCAGAGGUUCCAAACCACAAGCCUCUAAGAAUUGGUCUUCAAGAAGCUUUUUGGGUUAAGCCCACUGUUCGUAAAAAGGCCGAGGCUGCAAUGUUAGAUUACUUCUAUGGCACGAGGGGUUUGCAGUUCUUGAUUGCUGAGAGUAUGAGCAAGAAUGCUCCCGUUUUUCUUGAAAAUGUUCUGAAGAAGAUCAAUGGCAGCACUGAUGUAGCUGACGUUGCUCAAUCUAUCUCCAGAUAUUUGAGGUUUCACCCGGUAAAUGAGUUUGAGCCUUUCCUCGAGAGUUUAGGUUUUAAGCAGUCCGAAUAUUGUAAUCUGCUUCCUGCUGGUAAGAUGUUCUUGAAUGAAGAUACUUUGCUGUUAGAAAAUCACGAUGUUUUGUGUAACUACGGGAUUGGCCGCAAGAAGAUGGGGAAGAUUUAUAAGGAAGCUAUUGCAGUUUUCGGGUAUGGGACCGGGGUUUUGGCAUCCAAGAUUCAAGCUUAUGAGGAUAUGGGACUUAACAAGUCAUGUCUAUCCAAACUUAUGGUUUGUAGUCCGAGUAUCUUGAUUGGGGAUAAGAAUGUCGAGUUUGCUAAUGUUUUAGAGAUUCUGAAAUCUGUUGGGUUGGGGGACAAUUGGUUAGUGGAGAGCUUGUCGGAAAAGGAGUCAUAUGAUUGGAGCGGCGUCCAUCGGGCUCUAAACUUUCUUAGAGAUAUCGGUUUCCACGAAGAUGAGCUCUGUGGGUUAAUCAGGAAGCAUCCGAGGCUCAUUUUCGAGAGUUCAGGGAAAUGGACACUAAUGCUGGUUGGCUUUCAAACCAAACUCGGGUCAUCUAAAAGCGAGAUUCGAUCUUUCUUUCAGCAGUUGACCCGAAUUGAGGUAGAAACAUUUGUUGCAAAUCUAAGGCGUUGCUUUUUGUUUCUAAAAGAUAUUGAGAUGAAGACUGAUGACAUCGGUAAGAUUUUUCGUUCUGACUCCUUGUGGCUCGGUGCCUGUAGUUUGAAGAAGACCGGUAGCUUGCUCAAUAACUUGAAUGCUGGGAAAAAACGACUUUGUGAAAUUAUCCUAGAAAACCCGGAGGAAAUGAAGAAAUGGACCCUGGGGUCAAGAAUCCAGCCUCUACCCGAUACUGGGGAGGAGAUAAAGUCGAAAAUGAUGAAGACUCGUUUUUUAUUGGACAUCGGGUAUGAAGAGAACUCGAAAGACAUGGAUAGAGCAAUCAAGAACUUCCGUGGCAGAGGGUCAGAACUCCGAGAGAGAUACGAUUUCAUCGUGAGUUUGGGUCUGAACGAGAAGGAUGUAAGGGAAAUGGUUAAAGCGUCCCCUCAGAUUCUCUGCCAAGGAUCUGAAAUCGUCAAGGCAAAGGUGGAUUACCUCGUGAACAAACUCAGGUAUCCGCUCUCAACUCUCGUGAAUUUCCCGUCGUGUCUGAAGUUUACCCUAGAGCGGAUCAAGCUCAGAUUAUCCAUGUACUCUUGGCUCAAGAACAACGGAAAGGCGGAUCACGAGCUGGCGUUAAGUACUCUUCUCGCUUGCUCGGACAGAUAUUUCGAGACACAGUACGUGACCCGACACCCGGAUGGACCUAAACAUUGGGAGGAUCUGAAGAAACAGAUCCAAUCUUGAGAAGAUGAGCAAUGCCUGGUCCUUUUCUUGUCCUGUCCAAGUUUAUCUUGCAGUAGAAAAGAAACAGGGGUUCAUUCAUGUUUCUUGGUUCUGAGAUUGUGUAUGUAUGAAGCCAGUUUCACUCAAUGUGUACUUGGUUUGAUGUCUUGGGGCAUUUUUGUAUUUGUACUUCUUUUUAGAAAUUUGGGAAAUAAUUAAGAAAAAUUUUCAGCGUU